AUGCCAUCGGGUGCUCGAGCCAAUGAACAGUAUCAAUAUAAAUUAUCUAUGUCUGAACAGAUUGAAGAGUUACGCAAAAAACGCGAACUCUUAGCUGGUAGCCAAGAAGCUUAUAUUGAACAAGUUGAUUUACAAACUGAUAAAAAUAAACGAAAAAUUGCUCAAUUACAAAAAGAAAAUAAGGAAAAACGACAAAAACUUAAAGAAUUACUUGAAGGUGAUGAAAAAGUUUUAAAUGAAGCAUUCAGUGGUCGAAAAGAUGAAAGAGCAGCACUUAAAAAUAAAACAGGUCAAGCAGCUAUUCAAUUAACCAAUGAACAACUAGGUGAUUUAAAAAAUCGUCUCAAUGCUCAACGACAUGCCAAUGCAACAAAAUGGAAACAACUCGAAGAACUUCAAACACGUUACGAUUUAAUGGUUAAAGAAGCUGAAGAAGCUGUUCAAACUGAUGCUGGUGAAUCGGAAACAGCAGCUCGUCUACGUCAACUUGAAAAUCGACUUGAUAAAGCUGAAUUAAAAUGUACAGAAGCUGUAACUAUUCAACGAACAUAUAAUCAAAUAAAAUCCCAUUUAAUUCAAGAAAGUUUAACGUAUGCAAAUCGUCUUGAUGCUAUGGCUAUGCAAAUUCGACGUACUCAACAAGAAUUACAUGAAGCACAACGUAGUGCACUUGAAGCUGAUUUAGCACAAAAAAAUGCUAAAAAUGAAUUAAAAAAAAGUGAAGAUAAAGUUUAUCGAGAACGUAAAGAACGUGAAGUUCGUUUAAAUGGAUUAAAAAGUGAAGCUGAAGAAAAAAAAUUACAUGCUGAACGUGUUGAUCGUCGUGCACUUCAACGUCCAACAAGUCCACAAGAAGAUUUAAAAGAUAAAUUAUCUGAACAAGAUCAAACUAAAAUUGAUAUGUAUGAAAAUGCUUUUUCACGUAUUAAAGAAGCAACUGGUGCAAGUACAAUGCAGGAAGUUGUUGAACGUUUUAUGUCUCAAGAUAGUACAACAGCACAUUUAGAAAAAAUGAAAGAAGAUUCAGAACAAAAUGUUGCUAAAUUACGAGAAGAAAAAGCACGUUUAAAUAAAGAAUUUGAAGAAAUGAAAUAUAGUGGUGAAGCUAAAACAUCAACUGGUCAACGUAUUCUUGAACAAGCUCAAGAAAAACUUGAUGAAAGUGAUAAACGACGUGAUGAUAAUGCAACAAAAAUGGAAAAAACAAUGAAAAAAAUGAUUGAAGUUAAAUCAGGCAUUGAACAUUUAGCAGAUAAAUUACAUCAUCUUAAAGGCACCAAGAGUCAAGUACCAACAACAGUUAUAUCACCACAAUCAAAUGAUUAUGUUCUUGAUUUACUUGGUACAACAGAAGAAAAACUUGUUAAACUUGUUGAAGAACUUGAAGCAAAAGAUUUAGAAGGAACACUUAAAGAAAUGAGACAAUUAGAUCUUCAAUAUGCUGGUGAUGGACGAUUACCGGCAUAUAAUACACGUAUUAAUCCUCCAUCAACAGUUAAAGGAAAUAUUUAUGGUGAUGAUGAUAAUGCUGGUGAAGAUAAUCCUGAAUGUCAAACACGUGAACGUAUUAAGAUGAUGGGCGAAGAUUUAAUUGGAUUAAAAACAAAACGUAUGAAAAAACCCAAAGGCAAGAAAUAA